AUGCCGCCCUAUCAAAAAGAGAGAAAGCACCAAUGUGCGAUCUGCAAGGAACGAUUCAGUACCAAAGAAGGUCAGCGACAACAUAGGCGCGCAAAACACUCUGAUGAGGUUCCUGCUCAAUCGACUAGAAUCGCCGGACUUGUACAAACUCUUCCGGUUGUUACCCAGCCAGCCAGAGCCGCCGAACCUGUCCGCCCACGUCCGUUGGUAGUAUAUCUGCCAACCAGAGCCAAAGGACCUGAGACCCCUGAGCUGCUCAGGAACCAGCCAGUCAAGGCUAUCGAAACUACUACGCCUAUGCACACCAUAUACAGGGGCAACAUGUACUCGCCAGCAGUCGGACGAAACGCUAUUUGGAACCAAAUCUCGGAUCUCUGUCACUCAGAGGAGAGACUCCGAAAGGAACGAUAUACUCUACCGACCACAAUGGUCAAUGCCACGCACGGCUCGUCCAGCAUGGCGUCGACAUUUGAUCUACCCUGUCCUGAUAAAACCCAAUCCAAUCCAAAGUAUGCCGCUCUCGUCAUAGACUGCGAGAUGGGCGGUACCGAACGAGGCGAAAACGAACUGAUCCAGAUCACUAUUCUCGACUUCCUUACGGGCAAUGUAUUGCUGAGCCGCCGGCUUGUAAAUCCAAGAAGACCCAUCUUAGACUGGCGUGAAGACGUCACUGGUCUCAAUGCGACCAAGAUGUCCGCAGCUCUUUUACGAAAUGAAGCUUUGGACGGCUGGGAGGCCGCGCGCGCGGAACUAUGGCGCUACUCUGACAAGGACACGAUUCUCAUCGGACAGUCAGUCCGCAAUGACCUGCGGGUGCUACACACCUUCCAUGCGAGAAUCAUUGAUUCCGCCAUCAUCACUGCAGAUGCCGUCCUCGGGUCGAAAUCGAAGAUUACGAAGAGGUGGGGCUUGGAGGCGCUGUGCAAGGAGCUUCUCGGUAUCCAAAUACGUUCUCCGGCCUGGGCGGCUGAGGGUGUAGCACACGAUGAUCUGGAGAAUUGUCUGGCGACCAGGGAAUUGGUGUUAUUCUGCGCCCAGAAUCCGGACCAGUUGAAAACUUGGGCUCAAAGAACGAGGAAGUCCUUCUUUUUAGAGAAGGGAAAGGGGAAGAAGAAGAAUGAGGGAAGAAAGCCACAAGCCGGCAAUGCGUCGUCUCCUGUAAUCUCCAGGCAACUCGCUUUUGUGAGAAGUGCGGCGUCUGGGGAAGAAUGGGAGGAUGAAGACGAAAGUCCGUUGAGGUGGGAAGAUGUGGUGGACUGGGAUACGUGGCCGAAGUCGCCGCCAGACUCAGAUUAA